AUGGCUACAGCGACAGGACGUCAUGUCCCAGCUCCUGAUCCCUCCAACGAGCAAGGCUUCACCUCGUUUGGCUUCCUUCACGAAGGAAACGACGCCAAUGAGUCGUCCUUCGCACUCGGAAGUCUUUUUAGCCGUGUCAAAACCGCCCUCACCAUAGGCAUUCCUACCGACAGCGAGCUGGCUCACAAUGCUAGAUAUGACACUAUCGGCAAUGCCUCUGCCUCGAGACAUAGCUCGGGCACCCACUCUGCCAGGUCAUCGGGCCGCACACCUUACCAAUCACCCAGGAUCGGAGCAUCUCCCACCAUCGCAUCUACAUCACACCAUGCGUCGCCCUACAGCAUCGGCUCGGAUCGACUUGCAUCGAUGCACCAACAUCGAAAGGCCUCGAUGGCACGCCCAAUACGCGGUCUCAGCAACAUCGACGAAUACCCAGAGUCAAUGGCAUCUCCUCCAGGUCGCUCUGGCUUGGCAGAGGCUGGCCCUUCACGCCCUCGCAGGAGCGUCAUGAGUCCAGAUCCCACUGUGUCAAGCUCGCGUGAUAUUGCAGGAGCUCCUUCGGUAUCUGCAAGCGGCUACGGUAGCAUGCGUCCAUCGCAAAGCACGACUUCCAUAGCCUCAUCGCGGGCAUCCUCGGGCGCUACAAAUUCCCGCGGACUACCACUCAUGCUUCGAAGCGUCGCCCCUGCUCCCGCUGUUACCUUCACCUCGCACGCCACGGCGAUCAAUGCUCGAUCGCACAUCGCUGGCGCCGCAGGUAGCUAUACAGAUGAUCGCGAGUCCGUCGCCCCAGACGACGGCGACGUCGAUCCCGAUUCAUCCAGAGAUACGCUCUCGGUGCUGCGCGGCGGGUCCGACGGCGGAUUCGACCGCUCCCAUCUAGCCAAACACGGCUGGUCUGCCAUUCCGGGCUUUCCGCUCUCCAGCGACCUCCUUGCCGAUGACAUGAGGUCCAUCCGCAGCAGUUCAACACGCCUGCCCAGAAGCGAUACCAUGGAGGAUCAUCUCAACAAUCCAUCUGCAGCCCAAGCCGGUCUACGCACCAGUGCAGACGCCAUCGUCCGACGUAUGAGGGGCGAAGGUCUCAGUCGAAAGUUCUGGAUGGCCGACGAGAAUGCCAAAGAGUGCCGCGAGUGUCUGGCCAUCUUCACUCCCUUCCGUCGCAAGCAUCACUGUCGCAUCUGCGGCCAGAUCUUCUGCAGUCGAUGUGCAGCUCACAUCAUCAAGGGCAAGCGCUUCGAUUUCGAGGGCAUGAUCCGCGUCUGCAACUUUUGCAAACGCAUGCUCGAAGAGUACGAUCGACAUGAACGCGACAACCGACACCAGCACAAGCUCAACGCGGCCUCGCAGCGUGCCAGCAAGAAUCCUUACCGUGUGCAACCAGACAAGGACAUGAUCUCAGCCCCUCUGGAGGCGCAAAUCCGAAGUCCACAGGCUCAAUUUGCUGCCAACCAUCUGUUCGCCAGUGCCUCUGCAGGUCCAUCUGCCUUCAGAACGGGCAUGCAUUCGAGCCUCUCAUCGCAAUUCGGGCUAGCCGAUGGAGACUCCUCGAUGGCGGCGACAGAGACACACAACAGCCCGGAUGGUAGUCGCGAUCUCUCCACAUCAAAGCUCGCAGGCAAGAAGAAGGCCGACGCCGCGCCAGUCGCACCCUUCCGAAAGGGCAUGGACGACGAGGAGCUGGCUUCCAUCCGUCCUGAUCCGGAAGAGGACGAGCUCGGCCAGCCUCCAGCACAAAGCUCGACGAAUGAAAAGCAGCAUCGCUCAGCUUCCGGUACCGACGGCACGACAGUACCACCGUCACCGACGAGCACCGCUGUCACGGAUCGACAGAAGUCGUCCGCUACGACCAAGACCAAAGAUGACACGACCAGAGUGGCCUUCCCCUCAACAGCGGGCUCGUCCGGACGCGAAGCACCCUCUGCCAUCCAGUCCACUUCCGACUAUCCUCGAUUGCGGCUGGUCAGUGAGACGUCGCGUCCCGUGACACGAUCGCGCAUGCGGUCGCUGCGCACCAUCGCCUCGCUUGACCCAACACAGGCUAGUGCCUUGAUCCGCUCCCACUUCCUUGGCAACGGCCGCGCCGAUCCUGCUCAUCCAAAUUUGAUCCAGCCAGAACACGAGCAUAAUUUCGACCAAGACGACGAUGCUGCCCACCAUCGCAGUGACACGCCCGAGUUCUAUCGCGAGCUCCGUAUCUGCUCGCAGGGGAUCACUCCAGCGCUUCUGGAAGCUUCCAUCACAAAUCGAGCUCUGGAGCACCUACGCAAGAUGAUGGAGCAGACACUCACCCAGUCUGGCAUCCGCAACGUCCGCAAGUGGUGCGACGUGCUCUUGCCGUUCGUGCUCACCACCGUCUCUCGUGUCAAGCCGGAUGCACGUGAGGACCAGAGUCGUGACAUUCGCGAGUUCGUCAAGAUCAAGCGCAUCCCUGGAGGCAAGCCGGACGAUUCCGAAUACGUCGACGGCUACGUAUGCACCAAGCACGUGGCGACCAAGCGCAUGGCGGCUCUCAUCCCGCUCACCAACGCUCGAAUCAUCGUGAUCCGCUUCCCACUCGACUAUCAUCGCGGUCCGAACCAAUUCAUGUCCCUGGAACCACUGAUGGCACAGGAGCAUGAGUUCAUCCGCAUUCUGGUGGCUCGUAUCGUUGCGCUGCGACCCCAAAUCGUUGUGGUCGAAAAGACGGUCUCGCGCACAGCUCUCGAGCUGCUGGAGAAGGAAGGCAUCGUGGUGGUCUGGAGUGUCAAGGCGGACGCCAUCCGUGCCAUCAGUCGCUGUACGCAGGCCGACAUCAUCACCUCGAUCGAUCGGCUCGCCCUCGAUCCACGGAUCGGUCGCUGUCGAUACUUCAACGUCGAGACGUUCGAACAUGCAUCGUGGCCUGGAUGGAGGAAGAGCUUCAUGCGCUUCGAAGGCACCCCCAAGCAGCUCGGCUGCACCAUCGUUCUGCGUGGAGCCGACGGCGUCAAGCUCAGUCAGGUCAAGAAGAUCUUGACCAUGGUGAUCUUUGUUGCCUACAAUCUGCGUCUUGAGGGCCACGUCAUGGCGGACGAAGGCGCUGCUAUGGAAACCAUCUAUUCCGACAGUACGCUGCUCGACGGAUCGCGUCCGUGUGGAACCGUCGAAGGUAGCAUCUUCAACACCGCCGCUGACGAGCUCAAGCGUAUCAUGACCGGAAAUGACCAGGAUAUUGGCGACGAGCCCUCGAGUCAGCUCGGGCGUAUCGGGGACGACAAGGCUUUUGUGCUGCAAACAAGGACCCGCAUCCUGCGAGCUCUCAGCAUCUACGAGACGACCAUCAUCACAUCCUCUGUCUGCAUCCAGAUUCCACCUCCGUACAUGGUCUUGCAGUUCAAGCGUGUCAGCGACCGGCUUGUGGAACUGCUCGCAAACCAAGAGGCAGAGGAGCUGCAAAGAAUCCUCAAAGACGAAGGCAAGCUGCAGGACAGGGCUGCCUCACCACCGGCGUCCAUCGUGGAGCUUCCUGACGAUGCUGAAACGGAUGACAUUGACAAGGAUGCUACCCCGACGCCGACAGUGCAGCCACGUGCAUCAUCUUUGACCUCAGCAGCAGCACCCGACUCCUCCGCUACUGCUGAAGUGGCUGAUCCGCUCGGGUCGCCCUCCGUUCGUGAUUCUACACCGAAGCUUGAGACGCCGAGCACGCGCACUCACGACACGAUUGAGGAAGAGGGAGAGGACAGCAGCUCGGAAGGAGCGCCCACUUCGUCGGGCGGUGCGACGCCCCAGCCCGACUCACCGCAGGCACUGCCGGCGGAGCCGAGCACGAAGUCGGCGCCAGCCCCAAGGAAAGAUGAUUCAACGGCAUCCAUUGCAUCUGUGGCUCAGGGACGCGAAGGUAGGGAUGCUACUGUCGCGAUCGAAAGCGCUGGUCCGAUAGUCAGCGGACCUAAUACGACGACACCCACGCCUCGACCUUCUUCGCCCGUCCCGUCUCGUAUCAAGGAAUCCAGCGAGCCGACGCUGGACACUCCUGCCUCGGCUGCUCCCGCCAAGUCGCCCGGCUUCCCGCCUGUCGCUGCCAAGACGAGCAGAUCUGUGUCCGCCCCGGUCUCCGAAGCGCCGUCCCGCAUCACCUCGCCCGGUCCUGGCUCGAUUCUUUCUAACAUCAGCAUCGGCUCCGCGGCUGCGAGCGCUAACAGUCUUGGUGCAAGCACAAGCACUAUCAAGCAGGAGUUGCUGCCGGCUUUCGACCUUUUUUCGCUUCUCAAAGCCCCGUCGCAGAUCGCCAAAGACUCGGAGUUCGCCAUCACGGUCAGCAGACAUCGAACGUCUCUGUUGGAGUGGGGAGGAUACCUGGACAUCCAGCCAGACUCGGUCUCGCCUUUCAACCACAAACGCAUUCAAAUCAUCGUUACGCGUCACUGCACCGUGACGCCUCGUCCCUGCGAAGGGCCCAAUCUGGCGUCGAUCGAGUUCUAUGGCGAACACGACGAGACGCUGGGCGAACAUAUCGAGCGUCUGGCCGCCAACAGCGCAAGGGGCUGCGCCACCAAAGGUUGUGGCAAAAACAAUGUCUUGCACUACAACACGUUUGUCCACAACCGCAUCCGCAUUCAGGUGGUACUCGAACGCUUCGUUUGCCCGCUGCCCAACGAAGAGGCGCGCCUGCUCAGCUGGAGCUACUGCAAGGUGUGCGAGAAUGCGACGCCUGUCGCGCUCGUCACAGCAGAGACGUGGAGCUACAGCUUUGCAAAGUACCUCGAGCUGUACUUCUACCGUCACGACCACUGCAAGACGCAGCUGUGCGAGCACGACUUCUACCGCGACCAGGUACGUUACUUCGCCUAUCAGAACAUGGCCGUUCGCUUCCAUUCCGAGGAGGUCGACAAUCUCUUCGAAGUGACCAUGCCGCACUACAAGCUCUUCAUCGAUCCGGAAGUGCAGUGCAACAUCAAGAACGAGGAGACGGCCGCCUUUGUGCGCAAAAAUCAAGCAUAUUGGGACAGCGUCACGUUGCGCAUUCGUGCGCUGAGCAACGACGCUUGCUCGGAAGCGGCCGGCAUCUAUCGCGAAAAGAAUCGUGUGACGAUUGCCGAGAUGAUGCGUCGCUGCGAGCUCGACCGCCGUGAAGUGGAAGCGCUGGUAGCCCAGCUGUACGAGUUCAGUCCCGCCACCGAUGUGCUCUGUCUCAAUCAGGCGCGGAGGAUGUUGCAAGAGAAGGUGGUCAAGUGGGAUGUCGACUUUAUCGAGUUCGAAAAGACGUGCAUCCCGUCGGAGAAGGACAUUCGCCGCAUCACCACGACGCAUCUCAAGCGACUCUUCUCCGAGAAGGAUCCAUCCGAGACAGCACGCUCCGAUACGACCUCGAGCGUCCUACCGCCCGCCGCUGAGAUCGACGAAAGCUCGACCGAUGCCGCCGAGAGCAGGACGAAAGGACGCGAUUCCGAAAAAUCGACCUCGACCAGCCAGAGGAGCCUGAGCAAUGCGAAUGCGCAGGCGAUGGAGGCUCUUGCUCUCGCAGGCGCUGAUCUGACGGUGGUGCCAAUGCUGUCCGACCUCGUGAGCCGCACAGUACAGACGCCGACGAGCGAGGAGCUCCCUGUUCUCGCUGCUGCUGCUGGCGAGGUAGUCGCCGCCCGGGCUCAGAUGGAGCGCGACGGUGCCAAUGUCAACGAGGCCGUGCCGAGGUCCAAGACCGUGCCCGCGCCACUGAACAAGCUUGGUCGCGCAGAUGCCGGCAAAUAUCGGGAUGGAAACUUUGACGAUGAGACAGAUGUAGCGGAUCUCUCGCCAGUCGAAGUGCGGCCUAUGAUCAGUCGACGGGCCAUGUCUAACCCCGUCACCGCUCCUGCCUCCCCGACCUACAGCAAGUCUCGAAGCGCAUUCGAGCCCGCCAGCUUUCCUCGAGCGGACGAGAGCUCGUGUACAGAGAACGAGCUAGCUUCGUCGAUCGCUGCCCAUAUUCGGCGAUUCGAGAACCCGAGGCGACAUACGACAGGCACGGCAGCCAGCGCGGGUCCAGGAGCUGGCUCCCGCAGUGCCGCUGGGGCUGCCUCUUUGCGUGUCGGAGCCAAUGGUCCGAAUCGACGCCCCAGCUUGCGUCGUGGAAAGACCGAGGAGCCGCUGUCGGCUCACGCUAGAGAACUAUCGAAAGGCCGGAAAGGUUCAGCAGCCCAGGACGACGACGUUGAUUCCAUUGUGAACUCGCCUCCCCCCACCCCAGGUCUGCCGGGUCAAAACAGUCGUUUGCCAAGAGCAAAGCGCACGGACAGCUCGAAUUCGACUGCGACCAUCGUGCGCAGGAGUGGCUCAGCGACUCCGGGCAAGGGAGCGUCUCUACCUCCGCCGUCUAGCUACCGACCUCCUAAGGGCGAAGGACUCAAAGCCGGUCCUCGUCCGAUCAUAGGGAGAUCACAGGCGUCCGCAGCAGCAGCAGCAGCGUUGGCGGCGAACGCCUCGAGCACAGGUAACGCAGGUCAAGGCUCCGCUUACCAAUCGGAUGGAGCGAGUGGUACUCGACAGACCGGAUCUGCGCUCGGAAGUCGCGUGCCCAUCGCACGCCGGAGCGAGCAUGGCCCAGGAACUCGGAGCCGCGUGUCGACGAUCGCGAAGCACUUUGACCGCAUCAGCAAGGAGGCAGAGCGGGAGCGCGAGCGGCAGCAUCGUCUUCUGCUGGCACAACGCGCUAAGCGAGCCCGUCCUGUCGCUAUGACGCGAGCCAGAGUCGAAGUGUUCAGCAGCGUGCGGGAGGCGGUGCGAGACGACGAAAGUGAACCGGAUUCUGCCGCAGAGAGCAGCGGCGGGGAUGGCGCGUCUGCAGCUGACGACGAGAGCGAAGACGACGAAGACGAUGAAUCGGAGGAGGACCUGCCUGUGGAGGCGACGAGCUUCGACGGCAAGCGCAAGUUCUCCGCAGCCUCGGAUCGCAGAACCAAGGAACGGGGUGAUGCUCGACGCUCGAGUCGCUCAGAACUUGCUGGCAGGCAAGCAGGGCCGAGCUCAGCAGAAAGAGAGCGCCACGAUACCGCCAAGGGCUCUCGCCUAGUCAAGAAGGGUACCGGCCCAGAUGAGGCCGGACGAGACGCCACGGUCAAAGGCAGACACGGAACGACAACGUCCAAUUCCCGGGCUGAAGCCGAUCUUUCCGCGUCCGUAACCUCGGCGGCGACGACGAAGACCUCGGCGUCGCAAGCCGACGAUGCAUGCACCAUCGCAAGCCAAGAGACAGGCCGGGCUACCAACAUAUCGCCACCUGCCCCAGCGAGCGAGCUCGAAUCCGAUGCUCAGUCCAUUGCCGCCUCGUCGGUCGCUACGACCACCAACAACGCGCAGUUGACGCUGCCGUCCUAUCUCCGUGGCGGUGGCUUCACGUCGGAUUCGGACUCGAUGCCGAGCUUGGAAAGGAGCUUCUUGAAGACGCUGUCUGGCUUCUGGGCCUUCCGCACGGGCGAGAUGAUCCCCUUGGAGUAUCCGAUGCUUAACUCUGAGCAUGUGUUUGCCGACUCGGAUGUCAUCUUCCGCGAGGACGAGCCGACGUCGAUUGUCGCCUUCACGCUGAGCUCGAUGCAGUACAAGGAGCGGCUGAAGGGCAUGCGCAACGAGGCGUCACGCGUCAAAGAGAAAGACGAAGGGUCUAUCCGCGACGGCAUCGAAGCACGCAGUGUUGUCGACUUGGACACGAACGAGCUCGAAAGCACACUCAAGAAAGAGGGGCGACAUUUUCGUUGCGAGUUCGAGUCGGGCUCAACGAGGCUUUGGUGCAAGAUCCUCUUCGCCGAGCAAUUUGAUGCGCUGCGAAGGACGUGCGGAUGCGAUGUGUCAGUGGUCGAAUCGCUCUCGCGAUGCUUCAAGUGGGACUCUUCGGGCGGCAAGUCUGGAUCCGCGUUUCUCAAGACGCGAGACAACCGACUCGUGGUCAAGCAGCUAUCCCGCUUCGAGAUGGACGCCUUCUCCAAGUUCGCGCCACAGUACUUUGCCUACAUGUCGCAGUGCAUCUCGCGCGGACGCAGAACGGCUCUGGCCAAGAUCUUUGGCUGCUUCCGCAUCGGCUUCCGCAAUCCUCAGACGGGCAAGAGCAUCAAGCUGGACUGCUUCGUGAUGGAGAACCUGUUCUACGGCGUCGAGGGCAUCCGAUCAUACGACCUCAAGGGCAGCACGCGCAACCGCUACGUUCAAGAGACGGGCAAGGACAGCGAAGUACUUCUGGACGAGAACCUCAUCGAGACGAGCCACCUCAACCCGAUCUUUAUCCGCGAGCACUCGAAGAAGCUGCUGCGUGUCAGCCUGUACAACGACUCGCUCUUCCUGGCCGACAUGAACGUCAUGGACUACUCGCUGAUGGUCGGCGUCGACCGUCAGAGCAAGCAGCUGGUGGUGGGCAUCAUUGACUUUGUGCGCACGUAUACGUGGGACAAGAGGGUGGAGAGUUUUGUCAAGGAGACGGCGCUGUUAGGUGGAGCAGGCAAGGGCGAACCGACGAUCAUCACGCCGCCGGACUACAGGACGAGAUUCUUGACAUUUAUCGACAAGGCGCUGCUGCUGAUGCCGGAUCACUGGGUGGAGGAUUGGGCGCUGUGA